UGCCAAAUGCAGACACCGACGAGUUCCGAUCAGCGUCUUCUCCCAUGACCGGCGAUUCAGAAAUGUCUGAAUAGAGAUCUCUGGUUUCUCUUUUGCGAUCCCGGGAAACCCCACCUCCAUCUCCGCCACCUUCCCGCCCUCCUCUCUUCUUCUUCACUUUCUUUGGAUUCACCUACAGAAUCCAAUUGUCUGGUGAAGAAGUAAGGAGUCGCGGUAAUGGGUUCGAGAACGGGCGCCUUUCUCCCCUUCCUGACCCUAUUACUUCUUCUGUUCACUGCCGAGCUGAUUUCUGCUCAGGAAAACGGGGAUGGAGCUGGAACAGAAGAGUCGAGCGGGAGGAUUAGAGAUCUGGGGCGUCGCAGUAAAAUUCUUGUAGACAAUCUUAAGACUGGCGAGACACAUGGUGAAAAUGAUCCUGAUUCUAUUAGCCUUGCCCUCAACUUGGACUCAGGUCUUGGGAUAUUUGAUGCCUUAUUUGCAAGUUUGUCCAUGAUCCUUGUCAGCGAGAUUGGUGAUGAGACGUUUAUAAUAGCAGCUCUCAUGGCAAUGCGCCAUCCUAAAUCAAUUGUUCUAUCUGGUGCCCUUAGUGCCUUGUUUAUAAUGACGAUACUUUCAACUGGACUUGGCAGGAUUGUGCCUAAUUUGAUAUCAAGGAAACAUACAAACAGCGCGGCUACAGUUCUUUAUGCAUUUUUUGGGCUUCGACUACUUUACAUUGCAUGGAGGGCAGAUCCAAAAGCAUCCCAGAAAAAGGAAAUAGAGGAAGUGGAAGAGAAACUUGAUGGUGGACAGGGGAAAACAGCAAUCAGGCGAUUCUUUUCUAGGUUUUGUACCCCGAUAUAUUUGGAGUCAUUUAUCUUGACAUUUCUAGCAGAAUGGGGAGACCGUAGCCAGAUAGCAACAAUUGCUCUAGCGACACACAAAAAUGCAAUCGGAGUCGCCGCGGGGGCCACCAUUGGGCACACGAUUUGUACAUCCGUUGCAGUUGUGGGGGGAAGCAUGUUGGCCUCCAAGAUUUCGCAGCGGACAGUUGCAACCGUCGGGGGCUUGCUCUUCCUCGGGUUUUCAUUGUCGUCCUAUUUCUACCCACCUCUAUAACUGCAAGUUCAUAUAUAAUAUAUAUAUACCCCCAAACAGUUUAGGAGUGCCUUGGCUUUGAGAAUAUAAUUACAGGGUAAUAUUUUUACUGACAGAAACCUUUUGCUCAUUCUUUUUUUUUCCUUUUUUGGAAAUUAUUUGAACUCUUGAAACAAUGUAGUGAGGAUUAUGAGAGACAUAGUACCUUAUUAGUGAUGAUUUGCCUCAUUUCCUGGCCAUGGUUAACUAGGUAU